ACGACGCAUACUAUUACAAUAAUCCGUCGUCCAAUUGUCACCAGCCUUACCGUCACUCAACAAUACGGCAACCACAACAUCUUACACAUUCUGCAUACCCACGCAUCGGUACCGCACCCCAUAUUCAAUCCGUCAUCCCCCUCUUUGCUUAAUGGAUGGCACCAUUCGACCUCGAUGCCUGCAUCGAUCGUCUUCGCAACAAACAGCUUCUCGGCGAGGCUCUGAUCCGCGAGAUUUGCGAGAAAACCAAGGAAGUAUUGAUGCGCGAGAGCAAUGUAGUCCAUGUCUCGUCGCCUGUUACUGUCGUUGGAGACAUUCACGGGCAGUUCCACGACUUGAUCGAAAUAUUUCGGAUAGGAGGGGCGGCUCCCAAUACCAAUUAUCUUUUCCUAGGAGAUUAUGUCGACCGAGGGCUACACUCUGUGGAAACAAUAUCACUCCUCACCUGUCUCAAACUUCGUUACCCUGAACGCAUCCAGCUUAUUCGAGGGAAUCACGAGUCCAGAGCCGUUACGCAGACAUACGGCUUCUACCUUGAAUGUACUAGAAAAUACGGAUCACCUGCCGUAUGGCAGUAUUUUACCGACAUGUUUGAUUAUCUCACGCUCAGCGUGGUGAUCGACGAUGCUAUUUUCUGCGUACAUGGGGGCCUUAGUCCUUCUAUACACCAGAUUGACCAGAUCAAGAUUAUCGACAGGUUUAGAGAAAUACCACAUGAAGGCCCAAUGGCUGAUUUGGUAUGGUCAGAUCCCGAUCCGGAGAAAGAAGACUUUGCAAUAAGUCCCAGGGGGGCUGGCUAUACUUUCGGCGCCUCCAUUGUCAAAAAAUUCCUUCAUCUCAAUAAUAUGAACCAUGUACUGCGCGCCCACCAGCUCUGUAUGGAAGGAUAUUCUGUACUUUAUAAUGAUCAACUCAGCACUGUUUGGAGUGCCCCAAAUUACUGUUAUAGGUGCGGUAAUAUGGCGAGUAUUCUGGAGGUAUCUCCAGGAGGAAGAAGGUUCUUCAAUGUAUUCAGCGCAGCGCCCGAAAAUGAACGUGACGGUCCGAGUCAACAACAGCCAGGAAAGCAAAUCGAAUACUUCCUCUGAUCAAUCUAGUACCCUGCAUAAUGAUACCUUCACCAAUCCAAAGUUCCAAAUAAUUCGUCGAUCAACCCGUAGCUUCUCCCUCUAAUAACUUCUUUACUCCCAUUCAUUACGUCUUUUAUGUCCGGUAAUGACCAAUCUUUUGUCACUUUCCAGCGUUUACCUAUGAACACUUUGGCUUCCCACGUACCACCCCGCACCGGCGUCGUUUUGAAGUAAUAAGCAAGGGCAUCAAAGAAAGAUUCUUCUAGGGCAAGGGUUCUUGUGGUAUCUGCG